AUGUCGACUCCUAACCCGCGCAGCCGCCGAUCAGUGGGCAACUCGGCAGCUGGGACCAAUACACCCUCUGGCGAGACCACAUUGACUGGAGCAACUCCAGCGCCUCCCGAGUCAUACGCGCUACCCGCUCACACCCAGUCGCCUUAUUACGACAUCCACACCGUCCGCACAAAGAUCUGCUUCCCGGUACACGCCUCGACCAAGGGCUUCCAUGGCACCAUCGACUCCAUAUGGGCUCCGCGCUCGACAGCAACGUGCCGCGAACACACCUGGUCGCGAUCGUCGACGGAGCGGACGAGUCCAGCGCGAGACCACAUUCGACGUCCUGAGGAAUCUUGGAAGAAGUAUGCGCAUUCCACGACACUCGCACCCGUGUCCAGACCGAUUCAAUCAUCGCCUCGGGAGGAAGUGAAGCCCGUGGAGGAGCCGAUAGAUGAGAUCGAGGAACUGGACAAUGAGCCCGAACUGGAGCGACCACGGCUCUCUCUUCCUAUGCAAGAAAGUGUGGAAGGCAGCGAAGAAGGCAGUCCGGAUAUACCCCCGCCCCGCUUAUCGAUCGCCCUUGACGACGAUGAUAUCACCUAUCAGUCUGUCGAGUUCCCUCGGAGAGAUCUUGCCAUUCGAGAUCAAGAACGACAAUGGAUGAGCGAUGACUUCGGAGAGACCCGACUAGAGAGCGAUUUUGAUGCUGGAGACGAGACCGGCAUCCUAGGUGAUGACGGUUUUGGGGAUGAUACGAUGAUCAGCGGGGUAGAUUUCGAUCGAGGGGGAGAGACCGAGGACUUGCGUGGGUUUCAUUUCGACAUGAACUUUCCAUCGCCAAACGCAAACCCUGUGGGUGAAGGGCCCUUGGAAGAGGACAUUGGUGACAUGACCGGGUUUCAAAUAUCUCCAGGCGACAUACAGCCAGGCCCUGCCACGCCACCGGAUGAUGACAAUCUCGCGGCUGGCGGCUUUGGGUUUGGACUUCACUUCGCACCAGGAGCAUCUCCGAGCCAGAGUCCUGGGAUUAUUGGGGGUGGCUUGCGGGACGAAGGACUUCCCAUGCAUGGAAAGCAGAAGAAGCUUUCUCGUCACGGAAUCCCCGUCCCGAAUUUACCUGCCGGAGUGGUCAAGAAGUUGGCCAGUCAAUUUGCCCGCACGGGAGCUGGUUCCAAGGCGAAAAUCAACAAAGCCGCGCUGGCGGCGAUAGAACAGGCGUCUUCAUGGUAUUUUGAACAAGUCAGCCAGGAUUUGGCUGCGUAUUCCAAGCAUGCUGGGCGUAAAACCAUCGAUGAGAGCGAUGUGACCACCUUGAUGAGGAGACAACGUCAUAUUAAUAGCUCGACAACUGUAUUUUCCUUAGCUCAGAAGCAUCUACCCAAGGAGCUUCAGCAGGAUAUGAGACUGGCCAUGCCUCCAUGA